UCUCUUGAGAUGUCGCUUCCUAUCUGUAACAGCGAAUAGUGCAAAGUAACACCCCAAAAGCCUCCUUUCCUCUCUCUUUUCAUCUAUAGGCCCCCCUCCUCACCUCUCCAAUCGCCCGAUUCUAACACUUGUCUUGCUCUGGAUCACUUCACCAGUUUUUCUUUGUCUGAUAUAGAAUUUAGUUUACAAAGGGCUCACAAGACUUCAAGAGGAAUCACAGUUCAGUAGUCAUAUCUUGAGCAUGAGUUCAUGGGAUGUGACCAAGGCAUGAUCUAUUGGGCAUUUAGUGAUCCCUUCAAGAUUCACCGAGUCAAGAAGAACCGGAGGUAGCAAUUAAUUCUUUAGGAGAGCAGAAUUGGCAGCCACUGGUUCAAGAUUCUUUUUUUCUUGCAUUUAUUUUGAGUUUCGUAAGUAUGUGCGAGAGAGAAGCAUUCAAGAUUCAAAAGGAGGGCAUGCAUUGCGUUACAAGUCUUGGAGAGAGUUGAAUUUGAAAUUUUCUUGUGGGCGUGAAGAAAUGAAGAACGGCAGCGGCAGCGCCUCCGCGCCGAGCGCCGGCGGCAACAGCCUGGCGAUCGCCGAGCGGCAGAAGCCGGCGCCGUCGUGCGUGGCGGCGCUGUUCCAGAUGUUCGCCAAGAGGAAGCUCUUCUCCUCGUCCUCCAAGAAGAGCAAAAUGCUUCCCCAAGUGCGCGCGCAGAAGUUCUCGCCUGGGAGACCGCCGGGCGGCGGCGAGAAGACGUCGGCGGCCAAGACGCGGCCCCUUUUGCUUGAUUCUGCAGAUUACUCCAGAAGCAAAAGUGAAGGCAAUGGCACCAGUCGCUACCCACAGCCAGGCCAAGAAAGAAACUGCAGUGAGAAUGAAAUGUGUACUCCAGGAGUGGUAGCCCGGCUGAUGGGUCUCAGCUCGAUGCCGGCUGUGAGCCAUCAACGGCCGACCAAAGCCACAGAUUCCUCUGAGCCUGGUGAUCACCGGAAUUCAGGCCCUCCAAAUUGGUCCGGUACAUCUCAGAGCAUAUACACAUCACCUCAGAAGCAGCAGAAGACAGGGCAGUUCACAGACGAUCGGCGGCAUGAAAGUGCAAUUCAGUUCAAUUCUCCAGAUACACGGUCGUUGUGGCCACGAAGGCAUGCACACAAGGUAGCUUCACCUGUUAAGAGCCCAAGGUCACUGUCCAACAGGAACAAGGCUAGGUUGAUUGAAGCAGCAGCAAAGGUUCUCGAACCUGGUUUGCAGUCCAGGAAUCGCCGUCUCUCUCGGCGACAUGCAUAUUUGGAGUAUUCAUGCGACGGUGUUGAUGACGCGCCCGGUGCUGCUGCUGUCGUACAUAACUUAUCUGACCAGUUCUUAAGAGAAACGUGUGAUAUUGAUGCACCAGGAGUAGGUGCUCACAACAUAGGAGUUACCUCUCUGCACAAUUCUACUUCUAAUCAAUGGACUGAAGAAGAUAGUAGCAGGGGUAUUUCGGUUAGGUCAGACAAGAAUGUAUCAUGUCAAAUGCAGCCUGAGAGAAAUGGUAAAUGUUUGCUCGUUAGCUCGAGCAAGAAGGCUGGAUUUGGGGACAGUGUUCAGGGGGACACCAAUCGUAUUGCUGUUACAAAUCAAGAUGUCCGAAAAAAUCAGCUGAGGAACAUAUCCCGGGGGAGUGUUCCUUGUGGCCCUCUCAAGCAAAACAACCUGAAGCAGAAUGCACUGCCUGUAGCUUGUCGAGCGGCAGAUCCAGGAUACAUUGUCCAAAGGCAUAAACAUAGAAGUGGGGAGCGAAAUCCAACAAACACAGCCCAAGACUUUGUUUCUCUGAACAAAAGGAUGACUGGCAGUACAUCUUUGAGGUCAAAAAGAAAGGUAAUGGAUAGAUUUGGUGAGUCACAUACUAGUGCAGAGAACAAGAACAUGAGCACAAAAGGUCGUCAAACCAGUAGCCUGCAUAGUGAUAACUCUAACAAACUGAAGCUAAAGACUGCAACACCAAAAGCUAUGGAGAAAGACAUGAUAAUUGCAAAAGGCGCAGGGUUAGUCAGUGAGAAACCGAAGUCUGCCAGUCCAAACUAUGCAAGGAGUGGUUUGCAGAGACAGGCAGUGCCACGCAAUAUUUCAAGGUGUAACAAGAAAUCAGACAUCAUUUCUUUCACUUUCAGUUCACCAAUAAAGAUUGCCCCUACUUCUUUGCCUGGUGAUAAUGCUACAGGAACAGGUAGUGCUGUUCAGGGAUCUCCAGUCGGUACUUGCUCUAAAAGACACCCUCGUAGAGAUUGUCAAAAUAUGUCUCCUCAAAGAGAAGUAGUUUUCAGGGAAGUUUUACAAGGCACAUCAUGCCUGGAGACUGCAGAAUCUGUUUUCUUUAACCAAGAUGAGUCGAAAAAUAGAUAUAUUUCUGGUGGUAGAGCAGCCUCUUCUUUGUUUGAAAAGAUAAGUGCUGUCCCUGUUACAGAAGAAUCUUUAAGCGAUGAACUUCUAAGGCAGUGCAACUCAGAUGAUAGUGUGAUUGAUGGCUUCAGAGACCCUUAUAAAGCGGUCCAGUUGCGUGAAGCUCAUAGAAAGCAUGAGGCUGAUGCAAAAGGUACUCAUCCAUCUCCAUCUAUAUCCAGAGGCAGCAAUAAGCGAAGCCCUACAUCUAUUCUUCAUUCUACAUAUGCAGAUGAUGCCUUCAUUUCUGGUAUUCCACUCAGCGCUGCAGAAGCUGCCUUCACUGACAGCCAUCCAAUGGAGACAUGUACCGCAGCAGCUAGCAUGCAAGAUGUAACUACCGAGAGAAGUUCCAGGUGUUCUGAACCUAAUUUUGGCCAGCAUGGUGCUCAACCGUUUGAACCGGCAGUCCAAGGCAGCAAGCUGACACCUGGUGAGGUUAGAACAACUGUCGAACUGCUGCUAACACACGUUUGCUCAUCUAGUCGACGUAAAUCGAAAGGAUCAUCCAAGACAUUCCUUCGCCAGACAAUUGAGUCUGCUCUUGCCACCUUGACGACAAGCGCCAAGCAGGAUUUCAACACCAUCAAGGGGACAGAAGCGACCCCACUAAGAAACCUAGCACUCGAUUUUGUUCUGGAGUGCCUGGACUCGAUGUGUGUUCAGCUUAGCGGCUCGGGUUACCGGUCAUUCUCAAAGAUUGCUCUGAUCUGCACCGAGGAAAGGCUGGCUGCCGAGGUCAAGAAGGAAAUUGCAAGGUGCAGUGACAUGGCUGGGAGGGGCUUGGAUGAUCUGGCUGUGAGCGACGUCGAGCACGCGGUUGAGGCUGGCAUGAAUUUCAUGCUCGAAGCGUUUCAGAUUGGAGCCCAGAUCGAACAGGAUUUGGUCCAGGAGCUAGUAAACGAAAUCGGGCUAGACAUGUCAAAGCGUUUGUGACUCCCUAGUACUUAUAUGACUCCUAGAGUUCUAUUUUGCUGUGUAAUACUUUUCCUGUUUGCC